AGAAUAUGCUUCUUGUUCCGUCUGCUUUAUUCUGCUUCUAACUUCCAUAUAGAUUUUACAUAUCAUUUCUGUAUAGAAAUUCAAUAUUUGAAGACAUCAACAAUGGGAAAUUGCGCUGCCCUCUCAGCUUCAGCAAGGGGUGUUUUCAAGAAAAGCAAGGCUUUACCUAUCGAAACCACAUUCAAGCUUCCGGCUCCAUUACCCAGCUGGCCACCUGGUGAUGGGUUCGCAAGUGAAAGCAUCGAGCUAGGUGGAUUACAAGUAUACCAGAUAUCAUCUUUCAGCAAAGUCUGGGCUACCCAUGAGGGGGGACCAGACAACCUUGGGGCAAGCUUCUUCGAACCUUCACCCUUACCGAAAGGUUUCUAUAUGCUUGGUUGCUAUAGCCAACCCAACAACAAACCUCUUUCGGGAUGGGCCCUUGCUGCAAAGUCAACAAAAGAUAAAGACGAAGAUGAAGAUGACCACCCUUUACUCAAGAAACCACUUGAUUACACUCUCGUGUGGAACAGCGAGUCAUUGAAGAAUCUAAAGAAAGAAGGCGAUGGCUACGUCUGGUUACCCACUCCCCCACAUGGUUAUGAAGCCAUCGGCCAUGUGGUCACCAGCUCUCCGGAGAAGCCAUCUCUUGAUCAAAUCAGGUGCGUUCGAUCUGACCACACUGACCACUGCGAGGCUGACUCGUGGAUUUGGGGACCAGGUACCGCUGGUGAUGCCAAUGGUUUUAAUGUGUUUAGCCUCAGACCAAGCAAUAGGGGGACCCAAGCUAUGGGCGUACCCGCUGGCACAUUCGUAGCCCUAAAUGGAACUCCUUCGUCUACUAUUGCGAUGGCUUGUUUGAAGAACACGCUAUCUCUAUCUAAUUCUCAUAUUUACAUGCCCAACCUGACUCAAAUUGAGGCAUUACUUGAAGUUUACUCGCCACUCAUAUACUUGCAUCCUGAUGAAGUAUACCUCCCUUCUUCGGUGGGCUGGUUUUUUAGCAAUGGGGCCCUUCUAUACAAGAAACAAGGUGAUGCAGUUGCCAUCGAACCAACGGGCUCCAACCUUCCCCAAGGUGGCUCAAAUGAUGGCUCCUAUUGGCUGGACCUACCCGUGGAUAAAGGCUCCAGUGAAAGAGUGAAAAAGGGAGAUCUACCCGACUGUCAGGUGUAUUUACACAUAAAGCCCAUGAUGGGCUCAACAUUUACGGAUAUAGCCAUAUGGGUCUUCUACCCUUUCAAUGGGCCGGCGAGGGCCAAAGUUGAGUUUUUCAACAUCUCAUUAGGGAAGAUAGGCGAGCAUGUUGGUGAUUGGGAGCAUUUGACCUUACGAGUCAGCAAUUUCACAGGGGAACUAUGGAGGGUCUUCUUCUCGCAGCACAGCGGGGGCUCGUGGGUGGACGCUUCCCAGCUCGAGUUUGAAAAUGGAAACAAAGCAGUGGGCUAUGCGUCAUUGCAUGGGCAUGCCUUGUAUCCGAAGGCAGGGCUUGUUUUGCAAGGGAGUGGCGGAAUAGGAAUAAGGAAUGAUACAGCCAAGAGUAAGAAGGCAUUGGACACUGGACGAAGCCUUUUGUUAGUCUCAGCUGAGUAUUUGGGGUCGGCUGUGACUGAGCCACCAUGGCUUAACUACUCUAGGAAAUGGGGUCCAAACAUUAGUUAUGACAUUGCGGACGAAAUCAAAACGGUGGAGAAACUUUUGCCUGGAAAGCUCAAAUCUGCUUUUGAUAAAUUCGUAAAGAGUCUACCAAAUGAAGUAUUAGGGGAAGAAGGGCCUACAGGUCCCAAGAUGAAGAACAGCUGGACUGGAGAUGAAGUAUGACUCACACACACUUUCCUUUAAGUUUAUGUAAGAUUAUUUCGGCAAUAUCAAUUUCAUCCUCUUUUGCCAGUUUAGCAUGCAUUCUCACCUCAAUUUAAAAAAUAACAUACAAAAGAAAUAAAAGGGUGGGUCAGAGUGCAAACAGUCAAACAA